AUGCCUCCAUACUCCAGCGCGCAGAAGCAACAGAUCGCGCAGUUCAUGGGCUUCACACAGGCCAAGGAUACAGUAGCUGCCAAGUUCCUGAAAUCGGCAAGAUGGAAUGUCGAAGAAGCAAUUGAUGCAUACUUCCAGAGCCCCCAAGGAGGUGGUGCCAGCACCUCUGCUAUUAACAAAAUCUUCGACAGCUACCGAGACGAACCGGCCGAAAGCCCUGACACCAUCGGCAUCGAUGGCGCGAUGAAGUUCUUCGGUGAUAUCCAGGUGCAGCUGGACGAGGUGACUUGUCUGGGGAUCGCCGAGCUCCUUAAAUCGCCUUCUAUGGGAGAGUUUACUCGAGAGGGCUUCUUGAAUGGAUGGAGAGCUGUCGGCUGCGACACGCUCGACAAAAUGACCACCCACGCAUCCGACAUCCGCGCCCGCAUCCCCACCCAACCGGACCUCUUCCGACGGGUAUACCGCUACACGUUCCCGCUCUGCCGCAUGCAAGGCCAACGCAACCUACCAUUCGAAAUCGCCGCCGAGCAAUGGAGCCUGUUCUUCACGCCGUCGAACGGCGGCAUCGAAUGGAACACGGCGACCACGCCGUGGCUAGACUGGUGGGUUGAGUUCCUGGAAGAGCGCGGCAAGAAGCCCGUCAACAAGGACCUGUGGGAGCAAGUGGAGGUGUUUAUGCGGAAGACGCGUGAGGAUGAGGCCUUUGGGUGGUGGCGCGAGGAUGGGGCGUGGCCUGGCGCGUUGGAUGAGUUUGUGGCGUGGGUGGGGAAGAAGAGGGACGGGGGGAUGGAGGUUGAGUAA